AUGGCCCCUGAAGAAAAGUCAAAGGAGAAGCCAGUUCAAAGAGCAAUAAAGAAGAUCCGGACAGCUUCUUUAGUUAUUAGCUUAGCUCGAGGUUGGCAGCAAUGGGCCAAUGAGAAUAGUGAGAAGCAAGCCCAAGAACCUUCAGGGUGGCUGCCUGGUGGAGCUAAGGAGACAAGUGAGCCAUCCAAAGAGAACCAAAAUAUAAAACCAUUAGCGCCCCUCCAAGAACAAGGCAUAGGGGGGAGUCAGAGGUGCCUAUUGGCAAACACAUUUUCAAAUAGAGACAGGGAGAGUCUGAACAACCUUGCUCAUGAUGAAUCUGGGGAGACGCAUAUUAAAAGAAAGGAGGUAACCAAAACAGUGGUCAACAAAGUCUAUGAGCGAGGACGGGACAUUAGCCUUCUCAGCAACAGAUAUGAGAAUGACGGGACCAACUCUGAAUCAUGGCGGGAAGGAAAAGACUUGGAUCCCAUUGACAAGAUCCUGAAUAGCCACACUUCCCCAACCAGGAGGAGGAAAUGCUUGAACCUGGUGUCAGAACUAACUAAAGGAUGGAAAGAAAUAGAGCAAGAGGAACCCACUAGCCGCAGUGAUAGCAUAGACACAGAGGACAGCGGCUAUGGAGGGGAUUCUGAAGAACGGAUAGAGCAGGAAGGCAACAAGCAAGAAGGAGACCAUGUGACUGCAGCCAGAAUUAAAAGACCUACACCUUCCCAGGCAAGUCGGUUUGCAGAGAAUCUCAGCAGCAAGGCCCAGAGGAAAUACAGCCAAGUGAACAGCAUGAAGGGAAAAUGGCAAAAAUGGGCUGAUGAGCAUGUGCAGUCCCAAAAGCUAAAUCCUUUUAGUGAAGAGUUUGAUCAUGAGCUGGCCAUGUCCACCCGCCUGCACAAAGGGGACGAGGGCUAUGGACGCCCUAAAGAGGGAACAAAAACUGCUGAACGGGCCAAGAGAGCAGAAGAACACAUACAUCGGGAAAUCAUGGAUCUGUGCUUUGUCAUCCAAACAAUGGCUCGCCACAGACGGGAUGGCAGAAUCCAAGUCACUUUUGGGGAACUCUUUGACAGAUAUGUACGGAUUUCUGACAAGGUGGUGGGCAUCCUUAUGAGAGCCAGGAAACAUGGACUCGUUCACUUUGAAGGAGAAAUGCUAUGGCAAGGAAGAGAUGACCAUGUGGUGAUUACACUCUUGGAAUGAUCUUAUAACCAUAUGAAUGGAUCAGGUGAUCCAUCUUAUCUUGAUAUAAACUACAAAUAGAGAAGAGAUAUAAAGGCAAACUACUAGCUAUCAGACUUGCAAAUAUUAAAUUAUUAUUUAUACAAGUUUGUAGUAAUUUGGAUCCUUUUUCAUCUAAGAGAA